AUGAUGAAAGGGAUGCUUCAAGCCAUGGGCCACCAUGUACAGUGGAAGAGAGUGUACUCGUCAGUGUACUCUGCUGGUAUUUUCUCAAGAAUGACAAGGCUGGGAUUUGUGGUACGAAGGACAUAUUCAGUGCAAGGUCCUCUUUACUUGAUGCAUAUAGACACAAACCAUAAACUAAUAAGAUUUGGCCUGGUGAUAUUCGGAGGGAUAGAUGGGUACUCAAGAAAGAUCAUGUACCUGGGUGCUGCUGCCAACAACAGAGCAUCAACUGCACUUGCUUUCUUCUUGGAGGCUGUACAAAAGUAUGGCUUUCCAUUGAGAGUUCGAGGGGAUCAAGGGGUGGAAAAUGUUGGAAUAGCAAGAUGCAUGUUCACCAUCCGGGGCUGUGGAAGAGGAAGCUUUCUGUCAGGCAAGAGUGUUCACAACCAAAGAAUAGAGCGCUUGUGGCGAGAUGUGUGGAUGGCCGUUUCAAGCGUGCACUAUGAAACCCUUCACAACCUCGAGGAUGAAGGCCUUCUGGAUCCAACUGAUGGUGUCCACAUGUUUUGUGCCCAACAUACAUUUCUUCCACGUCUGCAGAGGGAUCUGGAUGUCUUUAGACAGGGUUGGGAUAACCACCCUCUAAGGACAGAGAGGAAUCUGUCCCACAACAACUGUGGACACUGGGACUCCACCAGAAUCCAGUUGAUACUCCAGACACAGUGGAGGUACUAA